GCGCCGCCGCGCCGACGCGACGACUUGUCACUUGUCACGUCAGUUCGCUCGAAAUCGCAACGGCGCGAGCGUUUGCGUUCACGUCUCCUCUCUUUUCUUUCUAACAGAUGACGAGGAUGGGCCGGAGCAGCGUCUGAGCGUCGGAUCCCGCCCCGAAGCGAAAUUUCCAAGUGCCACAGUUAUGUACAUGCGAGUGCUGGCGGUCUAUGGGAAAAGAUUCGGUUUUAAAUACUGGAAGAUGUCCGAUACGUGCAUACAGGAGCGAUAGAUAAUCGGACGAGCUGCCACGAGGAAAUAUACGGACUGUUGAACUUAUCGGUGUGUGCACCCCAGCUGGAUACUAUGUCGGGCGCUGGGCCUAUCAUAUCGCAAACCAUCGCUCAUCUGGAGAAGGAGAAGGAGCACGGGCCUGUCCCGACCGCAGAUUACUCCAGCAUCAGAGGCAAGAACGUCUUGGUCAGUCCGUCUGAGGAUCAGUACGAACUGUUGCUGAGGAGGCUGAAAGAAAGGAUUCAGGAUGGAGGCAGCGAGACGAUCUUUGACAUUGGCAUCGCUGAAGAUGGAUCCGAGGACGGAUUGAAGGAAGAUGAGUACGAAGCAUCGGUUGCCACUUUACAGUCUCUUGCCGCGACAUUGGAGGCGGACUGCGUGCUUCUACGUCAGAGUAAAGCAGACCACGGUCUAACGGGACAGUACCUAGUGAGGAGACGUUUAGAUCGACAGGAUUUCUUGGAGAUCAGGGUUGCUGUGGUCGGUAAUGUGGAUGCUGGUAAAUCCACUCUAUUGGGAGUACUGACUCACGGUGAACUUGACAAUGGACGAGGAUUGGCGCGUCAGAAAUUAUUCCGCCACAAGCACGAGGCUGAAACAGGACGGACUAGCUCUGUGGGCAACGAUAUACUUGGAUUCGAUAGCGUUGGUAACGUAGUUAAUAAGCCUGAGCACGGGUCAUUGGAUUGGGUGAAGAUAUGUGAGAAAUCCUCCAAAGUAAUUACAUUUAUCGAUCUCGCCGGUCACGAGAGGUAUUUGAAGACGACUGUCUUUGGAAUGACGGGACACGCUCCAGAUUUCGGUAUGCUAAUGAUCGGAGCAAACGCCGGUAUUGUAGGGAUGACUAAAGAACAUUUGGGACUUGCCUUAGCGUUGUCCGUACCGGUAUUCGUUGUCGUGACGAAAAUCGAUAUGUGCCCGCCGAAUGUUCUGCAAGAAAAUCUGAAGCUGUUGAUAAGGAUUCUGAAAUCGCCUGGUUGCAGGAAGGUCCCGGUUACAGUGAAGACUCCCGACGACGUGGUAGUUAGCGCUACUAAUUUUGUCUCAGAACGGUUGUGUCCAAUAUUUCAAGUGUCCAACGUGUCUGGCGAAAAUCUAAAUCUUCUUAAGAUGUUUCUCAACUUAUUGACUGCGAGAAUUACUAGUCAUGAUGAUGAACCUGCUGAGUUUCAAAUAGACGACACAUAUUCCGUGCCGGGAGUCGGUACGGUAGUGUCCGGUACAACUUUAAAGGGUAUCAUAAAGUUAAAUGACACGCUGCUAUUGGGACCCGAUCCGCUCGGUCGUUUUACACCUAUAACCGUCAAAAGUAUCCAUCGAAAGAGGAUGCCUGUCCGCGAAGUGAGAGGUGGGCAGACGGCUAGUUUUGCUCUGAAAAAGAUUAAACGAUCGCACAUUCGCAAGGGUAUGGUAAUGGUCGCACCUGCACUUAAUCCACAGGCCUGUUGGGAAUUCGAAGGUGAAAUUUUGGUCUUGCAUCAUCCUACAACAAUUAGCUCCCGUUAUCAAGCUAUGGUACAUUGCGGCAGUAUAAGGCAAACCGCUUCUAUAUUGUCAAUGUCUCAGGAUUGUCUAAGAACAGGCGACAAAGCCUUAGUACACUUUAGAUUUAUCAAACAUCCUGAAUACAUAAAACCUGGACAGAGAAUGGUCUUCAGAGAAGGUCGUACUAAAGCAGUAGGAAAUGUAGUGAAACUUAUACCGCAUUCGAAUAGUAUAACUACGCAGGCAUCCAGAAUUAAUAAGCCGAAUAAAACAUCGCAGAGUCGGCAGAAUGCGAACUUGCAGGCACUGGAAAUAACCGAAACUGAUUCAAUGAUUGAAGCACAAACAGCUAAACAGGAGAACAUGCCGCAGAAAUCUGGGCUGAAUCAGAAUAAGAAAGGCAGAGGUCGAAGAGGGGGACGAUCUCAUAACGCUAUCAAUAGUAUUCAGCCUUUAACAGAGCAGAACCCACCUGCAAAAGUGUAAGAGCCGUCAGUGUACAAAGAACACAUAAUUAGUGUUCUUAUAACUUUCUGCUACAUAUGAGUUUCUCAAAAUGUGAUCUAUAACAUAAGAUAUGAAAUUAUCGUAUUCUUUAACAAAAAUUUUCUUUUCCUGAUAGAAAAAAACUACACCCUAUAGACUGUGUAGGAACCCCUAUUCUUUAUAAAUUUAUUAGAACACAUCAGAUACUACAAAUUUAUUGCAGUACAAUUUUUCAUGUUUCGACUACUUUAAUCAUAUUAAAAAGAUAUUCUUUUAAUAACGUGACAAGAUAUAAAUCGGUAUUUAAAAAUUAUAAAUUAUUUAUAAAUUAUUUUUGUAAAAGGCGUAUGCGCGUAUCUUAAGCCAACAUCAUACACAGAUGAAUUCAAUAUCAGGAAAUACAUGACACACGUGUGUAUCGGUACAUAUACAUUUGUACAAGAGAUUAUGCAAAUUCUUUUUAUUAACGCUUCUAGAAUUUAAUAAAGAUAAAACUUGAAAUAUGGCCAAUGCUGUGUAUAUCGUAAUAAUCCAUCUUGUAUGAUAAUUGAUUAAUAUCAAGAGAAUAUAAUCACACUAUACUUCGUUCAACCUUGUAAUACAUUUUGCAAUUUCAAGCAGAGCUGUAUCAUACUAUAUUUCAAAUAUAUAAAAAAAAGAAAAUUUUCCAUUGUAUCAGACAUAUGUAUAUUCCCUAAUAAAUCACUCACGUGCUGCUGAUUA